AUGCCUGGUAUCCACAAUCUCUGGCAGCUGCUGCGCUCUGUCCAUGGCAGCCUCGUUAUCCCCGCCGAGGCCAACGGCGGCGGCGACCACGAUGCCAUUGAAGUGCCUGCCACUCGCUCCUCCAUUUCCGAUGCCCAGUCCUACAUGCACCAACUAUCCCUCUCCCCCUCUAUGAAGGAGAGGCGAGGCUCCCGUAACUCCUUCGGGACCUCCCUCCCAAUCCCGCGCUCCAAACGCCAAUCGCGGCUCUCCAGCGUCUCGCGGCCAGUGCGCCCCGGCAUGCCGGCGAUCCAGCCCACGCGCGACAUCCUCGCCGCCCAGGUGCAAGACCUGUCGAGCGAGAAGGUGCACGCGGCGAAAGACAUGGCCUUCGUGUUCGACAUCGACGGCGUGCUGGUGCUGGGCGACGAGCUGAUCCCCGAGGGCCAGCGCGUGCUCGAGAUCCUCAACGGCGACAACGAGCUGGGCAUCAAGAUCCCGCACAUCUUCCUGACCAACGGGUCCGGCAAGCCCGAGGCCGCGCGCGUGGCGCAGCUGUCCAAGAUCCUGCAGUCGCCCAUCUCGACGGACCAGUUCAUCCAGUCGCACACGCCCAUGCGCGCGCUGGCCGAGUACUACAGCACCGUGCUCGUCGUCGGCGGCGAGGGCUACCGCUGCCGCGAGGUCGCCGAGGAGUACGGCUUCAAGGACAUUGUCGUCCCCAACGACAUCAUCGCCUGGGACCCGACGAUUGCGCCAUACCGCGUCUUCACCGACGAAGAGCGCGCGACGUCGCGGCCACGUGACUUUUCUAAAGUCAACAUCGAGUGCAUCAUGGUCUUCUCUGAUAGCCGCGACUACGCGACGGACAUGCAGAUCAUCAUGGACUUGCUCCGGAGCGAGGACGGCCGGUUGCACACCGUCGCCAAGGACCCCGUGUCCCAGAGGAUCCCCAUCUACUUCUCGCAGGGCGAUUUGCUGUGCCCGACGGAGCAUCCGACUCCGCGCAUGUCGCAAGGAGCGUUCCGGAUUGGACUCGAGGCCAUGUACAAGGCCGUCACCGGCGAGGAUCUCGAGCGUGUCGUGUAUGGUAAGCCAGAGCUGGCGACGUACAGGUACGCCGACGAGGUCAUCACCAGCUGGAUGGAGCAGAUCCACAACGAUGAGAAGCUGCCCAAGAACGUGUACAUGGUCGGCGACAACCCGGCGUCGGACAUUGUCGGUGGGAACAUGUAUGGCUGGAACACGUGCCUGGUGCGCACUGGUGUGUACCAAGGCGAAGGGAACGACGACGAGAAUCCGGCUAGCUUUGGUGUCUUCAAGAACGUGUUGGAGGCUGUGCAGAUGGCCUGCAGGAAGCAGCUCGGUGACGACUUUCAGUUUGGAUUUAACGAGAAAAUGAACCCGGUGUUGCAUGGGAAUGGCAACUCGGCCAUUGAGUAG